AUGUCGAUGAGGAGUUCCAAGAGCUCGUUGAUGCGACUAAAGCGACCAAAGAUGUGGAACACCCAUGGAAGAACAUUAUACAACCAAAAUAUAGGCCUCAACUCACUUUUUGCUCUCUCGAUUCCAUUCUUCCAACAAUUCACCGGUAUCAAUGUCAUAAUGUUUUAUGCACCCGUCCUCUUUAAAACUUUAGGCUUUGGAAGCGAUACUUCCCUUAUGUCUUCCGUUAUCACCGGAGGUGUUAAUGUGGUUGCCAUCGUUGUUUCCAUUUUCUCUGUGGACAAGUUUGGAAGAAGGAUAUUGUUCCUCAAAGGUGGUAUUCAAAUGCUUGUUUGUCGGCUUGCUGUUGGAACCAUGAUUGCUAUGAAGUUUGGAGUGAGCGGUGAAGGCUCAUUUACCAAUGGAGAAGCUAGUCUCCUCUUAUUCUUUAUAUGUGCAUAUGUUGCAGCAUAUGCAUGGUCUUGGGGUCCACUAGGGUGGUUGGUUCCAAGUGAAAUAUGUUCUCUUGAGGUUCGAUCGGCAGUUUGGCCUUUUCUUCUUCUUUGCUGGAUUUGUGCUUAUCAUGACCAUUUUUGUCGCCUUGUUCCUACCCGAGACAAGGAACGUCCGAAUUGA